CACAGUACUGUAGAAGAGGUGGGGUCGACGGUCCGUGCCGCGAGAGGGGCUGCAGUCAAGAUGCCCGUGACUAGUCGAGCCCUGUCAGUGGGCUGUUGGAAAUGACGUAAAAAAUGUCCAGCGGUAAACGAUCUCGACCUUGUGCCUCGUUUCCAAGAUCUGUCUACAGUAUUACGGCAGCCUCAGUGUUGAACAUGUUUCUCAACCUCCUCAGGAGAUCGUGCCGGCGUCUACCGAAGGCAGAAGGUCCAUAUAUUCCAGGAUGCACCGACAUAAUGACUGGGUACUCUCAAGGAGGAUGUUUAUUGAGGCUGUAUUAUCCCACAUCACUCCCACACAAUGUGGAUCAUUCCAGCAAGUGGUUCUCUUGGAUGCCAAGUAAUGAGUAUCUUGAUGGAUUUGCCUAUGUUAUGGGACUGUGGAGGUUUCUUUUCCGGCUUGUGUAUUACCUGCUGGCAGGCGAUGCAAAAGUUACUGCUGCUUGGGGAGCAGAUGUUAAUACUAAACUUAAAAAGCUACCAGUCAUUAUACUUUCACAUGGGCUUGGAGCAUCACGUUUUCUCUAUUCCUGUGUGUGCAAUGAACUAGCUUCUCACGGGUACCUGGUUGCUGUCAUUGAACACAGAGAAAAUUCAGCAGGUGCUACUUGGUAUUAUGAAUCACAGAAGGAUAGAGAUGAGGACAAACGUACCUGGAUAAAAUUCAAACAUAUUCCACUAGGAAAGGACCAUUAUGCAGAACGCAAUAAACAGAUUAAGAAAAGAGCGAGUGAGUGUGUUAAAGCUGUUGACCUGCUAGAGAGGAUAAAUGCGGGAUCUAAUGUGGAAAAUAUUCUCGACAAUGGCUUCCUUCUGACUCAGCUUAAGGAUCGCUUGGAUCUGAGUAAUCUGGUUAUGAUGGGGCAUUCAUUCGGUGGUGGUACAGCCCUGCUGGCCCUAGGGACAGAUUCUCGAUUUAGGCUUGGCAUAAUUUUGGAUGGUUGGAUGUUUGCUCUAAAGGAAGAAAUUGACUUGCCAAAGAAGGUUACUCAACCAGUAAUUUUCAUCAACACACAGACUUUCCAAAUACCAGCAAAUGUCUCAGUCAUGCAAAGAUUUAUAGAAGAGAGACCAACACAAAACACAGAACGAGCAGGAUAUACAAUAAGAGCAACAACACAUGAAAGUCAGUCAGAUACGCCAUUUCUCCUAGGCUACUGGCUCAAUCUCACCAUGAAGAAGAUAAAUGCUUUAACUGCAAUAAGGGUUAAUAAUCAUCUAAUACUGGAUUUUCUUCAGAGGCAUAUUGGUGUCCCUGAGGAGAACAGAAGCCAAGAAUACCUCAAAACACAGUCUCAUCAUAUCGCCAAAGCACUUGCCAUCAUUUGAAUCACAUGACAGAAUAUUAAGCUGAACUCAUUGACUGGUUGUAAAUAAGUAAUUGACCAAAGGGCCAAGCACUUGGCAUUACUAGUAAAUAGUUACAACUCUUGUGCUAGUGGCAGCAUUCACUUUUGUCCAACACAAAGAGGUUUUUGUGAUGUGUAAUGUAUCUCUGUUUGACAAAAAAUGUGUAAAAGGCCACAAAUAAAAUGCAGCACAAAACCUGAUGUGAAA